AUGACCUCAACAGCACCCACCUACCGCAUCGCCUCUAUUCCCGGCGACGGCAUCGGCACCGAAGUCGUCGCCGCCACAAUCCAGGUCAUCCAGAAGCUAGCGCAGACGCUGGGAACUUUCUACAUUGAUUUUACGCACCUUCCAUGGGGCACCGAGUACUACAAGAAGCACGGUCGCUAUGUAUCAGAAGGCCACCUUGACACUCUACGACAGUUCGACGCCACGCUAUUCGGAGCCGUGGGCGAUCCAGACGUCCCCGACCACAUCUCCCUCUGGGGUCUCCUCCUCGCCAUCCGUGGGCCACUCCAGCUCUACGCCAACGUGCGCCCCGUGCGCACCUUCCCGGGCACCAAAUGCCCGUUGACGACGGCCAAAGACGGCAUCGACUGGGUGCUUGUGCGCGAAAACUCCGAGGGCGAGUACUCGGGACAAGGCGGCCGCAGCCACGUCGGCCAGCCAUGGGAAGCGGCAACGGAAGUAGCCAUGUUCACGCGCGUAGGCAUCGAACGAAUCAUGCGGUUUGCAUUCGAGACAGCGCAGUCACGGCCCCAGAAGCUCCUGACGGUUGUGACGAAGAGCAACUCGAUGCGCAACGGCAUGGUGCUCUGGGACCAGGUCGCCACGGAGGUGGCGCGGGAUUUCCCCGACGUGACCUGGGACAAGAUGCUGGUGGACGCGAUGACGAUCCGCAUGGUCGCGCAGCCUCAGUCCCUGGAUACCAUAGUCGGCACGAACCUGCACAUGGACAUCCUCUCGGACCUGGCGGCCGCGCUGGCCGGCUCCAUCGGCGUGGCGCCCUCGAGUAAUCUGGAUCCGACGCGGAAGAGCCCGUCGCUGUUUGAACCGGUGCAUGGCAGUGCGUUUGAUAUUACCGGCAAGGGGGUGGCGAAUCCCGUCGCGACGUUCUGGUCGGCGGCGGAGAUGCUCGCGUGGUUGGGGGAGAAGGAGGCCGCGAAGACGUUUAUGGGCUGUGUGGAGAGGGUGUGUGCGGCCGGUGUUUUGACGAGGGAUUUGGGAGGAAAUGCGAAUACGCAGGACGUGGUGGAUGCUGUUUGUGCAGAGAUUGAAGGUUUGGCUAAGGCAUAG